GAAAUCACGGAUCAUAAGCAAGAUUUUUGCAGCAAAACGUAAAUAAUGGAAUCAAUUUGCUUGUGCUGUUUGAUGGAAACUAUAUCUUCUUGCAGGCUUGAAGCCAAUUGUGAAUUCUCACCAGAAGAGUGUAACGACGUUUUACCAUCCUACAUUCCUUUCAGUGAAAUCUAUUCUCAACUUACUCAGAUUCAGCCAUUUACGAAAGGAUUACCUUCCUCGCUAAUGCCGAACGUAAUAUGUCUUCAUUGUGCAGUUAUGUUGAAGGAUUUUUAUCUGUUUCGAAUAAGAACUCAAAAGUGCUACGAAGAGCUUCAGACAAAGGCCAACAUUGCUCAGAUAAUAAGUCAUCUGGAGAAGAGUAGCGUUGGUAGCGUUAGAUCUGAAAGAAAUGAAGAAGACAUUGGGCAAAUUGCAGUUGGUCAAGGAGUUAAUCAAGGAGUCAAGGAGGAAGAGGUCCCAGAGAAAGCUUCAGACCACGCCCAACGAAAAGGUCCAUUUCGCUGUACGGUAUGCGAAAAAGUAUUCAAAAUGCGCAAGCUUCUUUUACGCCAUGAGGAAAUCCACCUUCAAGAGAAGCGUCAUCAUUGUCAAUAUUGCAACAAGGAUUUCGUUGCCAAAGCGUCGUGUUACAAUCACGAAUUAAAAGUGCAUGGACAUCGCAAGAGUAAAAAAGAGCCUCGCAACAAGCAACAAUACGUAAAAAAUCCAAACGACGAUGAAAAUUUGUGUGUACUGCUUCAAAGCAAAGCCAAUUUAUCAGCAGUGAUGUCAAUGGAUAAAAAGCGUUGCGUAGAGAAACUAUUCCCCUGUGAUCUUUGUUCAAAAAGCUUUACACGAAAAUCGUCAUUGAAUGAUCACAAAAUGGUACUUCAUGCCGGAAUAAGACAGUACACAUGCCAUAUUUGCAAUCGUGCAUUUGGUAAAGAAGAUUCUCUAAAGACACAUUUAGCACAACAUUUGGGUAAAAAUCACCGAUGCAUAUUGUGUGGUAAAGCAUUCGCCAGAGGUAGUUUUCUACGUAAACACUUGCAGAAUCACGAUUCUCCGGAGUCCGCACGGAAAUAUGAAUGUUCAAUUUGUCUUAAAAGGUUCAUCGCUAGGAGUCAUCUAUCCGAUCACGAACGUAUCCAUACCGAUAAGCGCCCCUACAAGUGCAAUGUUUGCGGUGAUUGUUUUCGACAGAAACAACAGCUGAAAAUUCACAGUUACCAACAUUUUGGUAAGCCUUUCCGAUGCAACGAGUGUAACGAAGGGUACGGAUCACGAUCGAGACUCCAAGCACAUGUAGAGAAACACUAUCGGAAAGCAAACGAAGCAGAAGAAGAUGCCACACCAGUGCAACCUGAUUUUGGCGAUAAGGUAGUAAAUGAGGAGAUACUGAAUGAAAUUUGCUUCCAAAUUGAUUCUAAUCCAAUAAUUUUACAAAACAUUGAAGCCGAUGGUGUCAGCCUUAUUUGCAGUAAUAGCGAACAAAUAGUUUUUCUAGCAGAUGAUGAUAGUAUGAACCUUUUGCCAGAGAUGUUAGGCUAGUAAUAUUACUGUAAAUAAUUUUGAAUUUGUAUGCAGGAGUGUUCCCCAACAUAAAGUACGAAAUAAAUUAAUUAAAAUUUAAUGGUU